GGCGCUAAUUAUGUAGGGCUUUUUUUUUUAAAGGCAUUUUUUUGGAGCAGCUGUGAAGACAAAGAUGUUUACAUUUCAUCACGACAUUGCAAUAGUGGUUCAAGCUGUUUGUUCAGGGCUAUUUGCACACUGGGUCUUGUAAGCAAAACACGCCUCCCACCUCUGUAAAGACUGCUCAAAGUCAGCCUCCAGCUUUUGCUUUAAUGGCUCACAGCUUUUUUUUCUAAUCUGAGGCAAUGUGGUGAGUUGUAACCAGUUGAUCAUGAUGCAAACUGUUGCUCAAUCCAUGCUGUGCUUGAUGUUUUGUAUCUGCCUCUCCUAGGCGAUUUAUCCUAUUGCAGAGCCCGAGUAGAGAAAUCCCAAGAUGCAGUGGUGCAGGUGGGCCGGCGGUUGGAGGUCACACCUACCGAGACAGUCCGCCACGCCGGAUAUUGAGGACUCCUUUGACUUUCUUUUUAAAAUCAUCCUGGUUGGGGACUCGGAUGUUGGGAAGACCUGCGUGGUGCAGAGCUUCAAGUCUGGAAUUUUUAUUGAGAAGCAGCAAAACACCAUCGGGGUCGACUUCACCGUUCGUACUCUGGAUAUUGACGGCAAGAGAGUGAAGAUGCAGGUGUGGGACACUGCAGGACAGGAGCGUUUCCGCACCAUAACCCAGAGCUACUACCGCAGUGCCCACGGGGCCAUGGUGGCCUACGACAUCACCCGCCGCAGCACCUUCGAGUCUGUUCCCCACUGGAUCAGGGAGGUGGAGCAGUACGGAGCUGCCAGCGUGGUGCUGAUACUCAUCGGUAAUAAGUCAGACCUCCACACUCAGAGGCAGGUGUUGUUCGAGGACGCGUGCACUCUGGCAGAAAACAACAACGUGCUGGCAGCCCUGGAAACCUCGGCCAAGGAGGCCCAGAACGUGGAGGCCGCCUUCAUCCUCAUGGCCCGGGAGCUGCUGGCGCGCAACGGCAUGACCAUGACGGACGAGGCCUCACAAGACUCGACUCAGUUCAUGUUGAGUAGCAACUCUCACCCAGUCCAAGGCGCCGUGUCUUCAGAUAAAAAAUGUGGGUGCUGAAGCAGGCGUGUGCCGAUUUAGACUGAAAAACAGAGGUGGCGGUCUGAAUAUUCAAUGUACACGUGUUUGAAAAGUUUCUCUACCAGAGAAUUAAGGUUAUUUAUAGAGAAACUGUGCGUGUUGCAUUGUGUGUGUGUGUGUGUGAGUUUAGGUUUUGUACAUGGUUGAAUUUCAUUAUUUAUACGGUUAAUAGAAUCGGUAACAGGUUUAAAUGGUGGUCGCUUGUCGUAUUUUGUAAUAUUCUUCAGAGGAUAACUGCUGCUGAACGGGAUAACGAGACACACCUCUGCUGGAGGACUCUGUAUUAAGACUGCACAACAGUAAACACUACGUUUUCACAAGA